AAGAUAAAGAGUCAUAUUUAUGUAUAGGAUAUUGUCCAGAGUCCCAAGAUUGACAAACCAGUAUAGCAGUAUCCGAAAGAUGAGUGGGACCAGAUUCAAGACCGAGAUUCUUCCAGUCAAGCUCGACUCGAUCGUAUUCCCAAAGGAGGCCAGUACUCCAAUCAUAAAUGAUGAAAUGACCCGAAAGAACUUGGAAAUAGCAGCCAAAGAGCUCCAAAGUACCAACAACGUUGUUGGGUUCCCCACAGAGACCGUUUACGGGUUAGGCGGGUCAGCCCUCAAGGACGAGUCGGUCAAAUCAAUCUAUGCAGCCAAAAAUAGACCAGCAGAUAACCCAUUAAUCAUACAUGUAUCCUCAUUGGACCAAUUGAAAAGAAAGUUAUUGGGGCCCAAUCAAAGCGUUCCGGAAAUAUAUGAAAAGUUAAUAUCGAAAUACUGGCCCGGACCCUUAACCUUACUAUUACCAGUGGAAAAUGAAGCAAUUUCCAAAUACGUUACCGCAGGACAAUCUACUUUUGCAGUCCGAAUGCCAAGUCACCCAGUUGCGAGAGCCCUUAUUGCAAUCAGCGACAUCCCACUAGCAGCACCCUCUGCCAAUGCAUCAACCAGACCCAGCCCAACUUUGGCCAGUCACGUCUACCAUGAUUUACAAGGGAAAAUCCCCUACAUUCUAGAUGGGGGCAGCUGUGACGUCGGGGUGGAAAGCACCGUAGUCGACGGCUUGGUGUCGCCGCCAAUGUUACUAAGACCAGGAGGAGUCAGCUUGGAAGAAAUCCAAACUUGUGAUCCACAGAAUUGGGGCCGGGUCAAAGUCGGGAAAAAAACCGCUGGAGACUCUGAACAAGUGAAAACCCCAGGAAUGAAAUACAAACACUAUAGUCCCAGUGCCAACGUCGUGCUAUUCAACGGUUGCGGCAACGGCCUCGACGCAAUCAAACACUACCUACAAGAACACCAUCCCUCGGGGCCCAUUGCAUUACUAAGACUGAAGCACUUUGCAGACCCUUCGCAAGACCCGGGCCUCGCCCAAAUCACUGUCACCAAAAACCUAGGAACUAAGGGGGCAGACAUCUCAAGAAACCUCUUUGCAAUGUUACGAGAAGUCGACGAACUAGGGGUGUCUCUCAUUCUAGUCGAGGGCAUCGAGGAAACCCAAGAAGGGUUGGCCGUCAUGAACAGGCUCUCCAAGGCUGCUUUUGUCACCAUCUCCAACUAGUCCUUUCGUCCUUUUGUCACCAUCUCCAACCACUUCUUUCAUAGCCCAUCCCCGUAAUGCAAACGAUAAUUGCAAAUGCCAACCUGUAAACACAGCCAACGGCUCCAACCUGUAAAACAAAAACAAACAAAAACCCCGGCUCCGCGC